AAAAAGCAUCAAGGAUGAAGCCUAACACACUCUUAGCAAUUUACCACCAACUAUAUUUAGCAAUAUAUCUUAGCAAUUUACCACCAACUACAAUGUGUUUGUAGUUACGUUUAAUGUGGAGCAUUUGUAAAAGCGGUUAGAUGUUGUUAGCACUUACAUUAUAAAACUGUAUCACUGGACAAAUACUGAUUGGUUGGUUGGUUCAUUGAUUGGUUGGUUGGUUGAUUGACGUUUAGCUACCCCAGACAUUUUUGCUGAUCAAUCAUCCCAGAGAUUUUUUAAAAUGAACACGUAUACCAUUUCAAAUGUUGUUGCUAGAAUGAUCAUGUAGGAAUAUGGAGAAACACAAGUAACUAAUGAAACUUUUACUGCAUGUCUAUUGUUUUUAAUUAUUUGAUACACUGGAAUUGUUGCUCUGACCUACAAAUGAUUUGUUGAUGAUUUUCAAUUAUGCAUAGUGUCUGUGAAAGUGUGCUUCUAAUUGAGCAACAAUCUUAAAACAAUUUUUGGAUUCCAUCAUCGCAAUGGCUAGAGAUCUUUCACCGGGUUCACCCCUGACGGUACCAAGAUUUACAAGUUAAGUGGUGAGUGCAGAAUAUGUCAAAUCCCAUCAUUUUGAGGAUGCUGCUGAUGUGGCUCACCAUAGUAGUGUCAUCUGAGAAUGGGAUUUGAGUCGUGUUGUAUAGCAGAGAUGUGUGUUACCUCUGGCCAGGUUUGAGGUCCUAAGGUCCCCCAAGAGGUUCAUCAGGCUCAGCUUCCUUCCCGGUCUCUGAGAUAAUUGUGAAUAAUUAUAACUUUUUCAUAUCUUCUAUGUGGAAUGAAGUUUCGAUAAAAUUCUCAACCAAUCUGGAAAUAAGAAUACUAGAUUACCUAUUUGUGAAGAAAUCUUAUGAGCUGUACAAAUCUUAUGGCGUUACAAACCAAAUCUUAUACCAUUAUUUCACCAUAAUGAUUAUUUUUGCAUGUAUAAUAAUGAUAACAAUCAGUAACUGAAAAGUUGAAGUAAUUUUCCAAGAGACUGGACUCCUGAGCACACUCAAACUUCCCCGCAAUCAAAUGCUAGAUGUCCCUUAGGGUUUGACGAGACUAACGACCAAAUGCCGUGGCAUGGCAGGUGAUAGAUUACAAUCUGUGAGCUGAAAUCCUCUUAGCUCCAUAAGAAGACUGCGUUUGUCUAAUCCUGUAGUAGAGAAGCUUUCUUGUAGCAUUACAGCACUACAGCAUGGAGGAGUUCCUGAUCCCUGAGGAUGCUCGCUCUGAGCAUGGCUUCUUCUCUCCCAUCGGCUCGAGGAAAACCAGACUGGACUGUGGAAAGAACUUGAUGCGCUGCGUCUUCACUAUAUACAUCAGGGACUACGUGAAACGAAAUGGACUGCUGACUCUAUCCGUGCUCGGAGUGUUUACAGGAUGCAUCCUUGGCUACACGCUCAGGGGAUGUGAACUCUCCUCACAGGCAAAGAUUUACCUCUCAUUCCCUGGUGAACUGCUGAUGCGUAUGCUAAAAAUGCUCAUUCUGCCCCUGAUCACCUCAAGUUUAAUGUCAGGCCUGUCAUCGAUGGAAUCCAAGGCGUGUUGUCAUAUGGGCUUACUCACUGUGACCUAUUACCUGUGGACCACUUUCAUUGCUGUGGUGGUUGGCAUUGUACUGGUGGUGAUCAUCAAACCGGGCUUUGCGACAGACAUGGAGAGCACCAGGCUGGGAGGAGGUCUGGUGAUGACCUCAGCAGACGCUCUGCUCGACCUCGUCAGGAACAUGAUUCCUUCAAAUCUCAUAGAGGCCACAUUUCAGCAGUACAAGACAGAACUUAUUCCUCUUCUUAAAACACAAGACAGCAUCAAGCAGCACAACUUGGUUUACUUGAUGCCGCACGACGAUCAUCCGGAUGGUCACCAAGUGUUACUGGAUCUCACACCACCUCCUGAUGUUCACUACAAGGUGUAUCCUGGAAGCAGCCACCAAAUGAACGUGCUGGGGAUCGUCAUCUUCUCAGCUACAAUGGGACUCCUGCUUGGCAAAAUGGGUGAGCGUGGUGCACCUUUAGUCAACGUCUGCCAGUGUAUCAAUGAGUGUGUCAUGAAGAUCAUCAAUGCAGCCGUGUGGUAUUUUCCCUUCGGCAUCAUCUUUCUGGUGGCUGCGAAGAUCCUGGACAUGAGUGAUCCCUCCACUCUGGGGAAGAAGCUGGGUUGGUACGCAGUGACCGUUCUGACUGGAUUGUUUAUCCAUGGCUUCAUUCUUCUUCCGCUAUUUUAUUUCCUCUUAACACGCAAAAACCCCUUCAUUUACAUCAGAGGAUUGCUGCAAGCUAUGGUCAUUGCCUUAGCUACAUCCUCAAGUUCUGCCACGCUGCCCAUUACUAUGAAGUGCUUACUGGAGAACUGUCAUGUAGAAAGACAGAUUGCACGCUUUGUCUUGCCCGUGGGAGCCACCAUCAACAUGGACGGCACUGCUCUCUACGAAGCGGUGGCAGCCAUCUUCAUCGCUCAGGUCAACGAGUAUGAGCUGGAUUUUGGACAGAUGGUGACGAUAAGCAUAACGGCCACGGCUGCAAGCAUCGGUGCUGCAGGGAUCCCUCAGGCUGGCCUUGUAACCAUGGUGAUAGUGCUGACCUCUGUAGGAUUGCCACCUGAUGACGUCACGCUGAUUGUAGCCAUCGACUGGAUUCUGGAUCGUUUUCGGACAAUGAUUAACGUACUAGGAGACUCCCUGGCGGCUGGAAUCAUCGGCCACUUGUGUCGGAAAAAAUUUGCCCCUGAUAAACGGGGGUCAGCCAGUGGAUCACACCAGAAUAGGAAUCACAGCCCAAACAUGGACGAUGUUCAUUUGGCUGAAGUGCCGCUGCUUGCAGGAAAAGACUGCAUAUACGAGGUGGUGGGAGACACGGUUAUUGAGCGACCCACUGUCUACUAUAACAUCUGUCAAGUUUAACCUCGCAAGUGCCUUACAGCCAUAACAUUUUAUAGACAAGUCACUACCUUUGUGACUCUGCUAGUAGUUAACAGAACAAAUGUUCAAGAAUUAUUCCAGAUUGUGUUCAUUUAAAAAAAGAAAGAAAGAAAGAAAGAAAGAAAGAAAGAAAGAAAGAAAAGUAAUGUUUCAUGAAAAGAACAAAAGGCCCUACUCUAUAAAUGCUGGCAUUGCACAUUAUGAGCAGUUAGACAAAGAUGUAUUGCCUUAAAACAGACUAAAAGACUGACUACAUUUUGUCUUUUACCACUUUGUAAAGUCUAAGAUAUCCAGAGCUACACACGUGGACAGAAUUGUUGGUACCCUUCCAUUAAAGAAAGAAAAACCCACAAUGGCCAGUGAAAUAACUCAAAACUGACAAAUAAAAAUAAUAAAUAAAUAUGUACUGAAAAUUGACUGAUGAAUAUCAGACAUUGCUUUUGAAUUAUGCUAUCAAGGCAUUCUGGAGCAAAAUGUGCUGCCAAAUAUCAGAACGUCUGGUCUCAGUCGCAGGUCAUGGGUCUGCCAACAGGAUAAAAACCCAAAACACAGUUAAAAACAUCCAAGAAUGGCUAAGAACAAAACACUGGACUAUGCUGUAGUGGCCUUGUAUAAGCCUGAUCUAAAUCCUAUUGAACAUCUGUGUAAAGAGCUGAAACAUGCAGUCUGGAGAAGUCACCCUGAGACAGCUGGAGCAGUUUGCUCACAAGGCCUGGGCCAAAAUACCUGUGGACAGGUGCACAAGUCUCAUUUAUUGUUACAGAAGUCGCUGUACCAUCAUUUUUGUCCAGGUUCAUAACCCUGAACAGAUCAGGAAUAAAAUUGUCACUGAA